UCACACACUUAUUCACUUCUCUAUCUAUUUUGCAGAUCCCAUUUCUGAAUUUCUCUUUCUGCCUCCCUAAAAAAAUGGUGGCCUUUAACCAUUCUCAACAGCUCGUUUACUUCUAUCGCUCCAAGCAAGAGCAGGGUAUAUUGGAUUCCGACUUUGAUCUUCUUGAAACUUGUCGAGUUGAAGGAAAUCCUCUUUUUCUUUCAGAAAUUAUUGAUUUCUUCAUAAAGGAUACUGAUGAAAAGAUGGAAGAACUUACCAGAUUUAUGUCGGUGGAAACUGAUGAUUUCAACUUUAGCAAAAUUGAUCAAGUUGCUCACAACAUCAAGGGAUGUUCUGCUAGCAUUGGAGGUUGCCGUGUUGCCCUUGCUUGUCAGGAGUUCCACCAAGCUUGUAAUCAUAAAAGCAAAGAAGAGUGUCUCUCAAUCUUUCGAAAGGUCAAACAAGAGUACAAGAUCUUGCAUGACACACUGACUCAAAUGCGCCAGAUGGAUAAGGCCAAACAUGGUGGCGGGUCUAGUAGCAGUGAGAACUGAUUAAAGAUCACUUGGCUACAUUUCUGCUGGUUCAAGUCCUCUUGAUGAAGUUGUUGUGUCGUUUGUUUUGAGUAGUUUGAAGUCAACGAUGUUUGUUUAUGAUGUUUUUUUUUCAGUUAAUUUGUGUUGUUUUGAAUUUUGUUGCAAUUAUUGUUAAUGCACUAUAAAUGGUGGACACAUAUAGUAUGUGUUCCAAUGGUAAUUUUUUUUAAUGGUAUCUAAGAACCUUUUUUAUUUUAUAUGUUCUAUUUUUAUUAUUGCUUACUAUUGAGUGCUUUUAUAUUGUUUAUGACUAAUUAAGAAAAAGAACUUAGUGAUCACUGAUAAAAAAAUCUUACAAAAGAGAAUAAAUAUUCAGAUGAUAU